CAACAUUUCACGGGUGGAUUUGGAGUGCAAAGUUGCCGAUGUUGGGGGCUAAUAGCCGCGGGGAGUUAGUGAGAAAAGGAAGGAAGGAGGGGCGACAGCACUGACUAAAUGGGAAAGUUUUCUGUUAAGCUGCUAUUAGUGGAGAACAAGUGGUGCCACUCCCCCUGAGCUCCUCCAGACCCAGAGCGCUCAGGAACAUCUCUCUCCUUUGCUGGGUAGAGCACAGGAGAGGAGAAGAAACACCUCCGCCUCUCUCUCGUCUUCAAGCACUGUGCUCAAAUGCAAAAGCAGAGAACCCAACAAAGUCCCAGCUUCCACAACAACACAUCUUUUUUUUCUUCUUCUUUUUUUUUUUUUUUUUUACAGGAUCAUUAGUGUGAGUUACUUGCAAUUUUGACGGUUUUGGAGGUUCAUUAUCCAGCAUCACAUCUACUCUACUAUCAUCAUCAUCUUCAUCAUCACUGACCUUAUCUUCAUCUUCAUAAUUUAAAACAACCUCUGUCAUCAUUUGUCACGCAUCGAUCUCACCAUGUAUCUGGAAAACAAAAGCAACCUGGAAAUUGAGAUGUCACAGACGCCGGCCCAAGUCCACCAGGGCAGGAGCACCCUGAGGACGCCAGAGGCGGUCGCGGGGAACUUCGGGGAGCUGCGUCUGCUGCAGGGGAUCUCAGAGAGGAGAGAAACCCAGAAGCUGCAGCAGUCUGCAGUUCUGCCUUCGGGACAGUGCGUCAUCCACACGGAGGGCUUCGUGCCCGUUCGACAAGAGGACGGAUACAGGCACAACUUCAGCGCCGUGAACAUUCUCAGAGGGAAAACGAGUUCGGCCAACCUUUCAGAGAAGUCACCUCUGCUGAGAUUCUCUCAGGACGACAGUAUAACCUACAUGACCCUACAUGACCCCAGCUUUGUCGGAGGGGAUGAGCCCUGGGAGAAUGGCUCCCUGGACGUGGAGAGACGGUAUCGGCUGGGCAGCGAGGUCAACAGCCUCUCCCUGUCCCGAUCCAGCUCCUCGGAGAAGAACGACCCCCUGGACAACCUCAACCUCAGCUUCAAACUCACCAACAGCGUGAAAUGUUGCUUCCGAAUCUCCAAAGUUGCCGCUAUGUUUGCUAUUGUCGUUCUGUGCAGUCUUUUCUUCAGCAUGUAUCCGGAUCGAGACAACCCAUGGAGGAUGUUGGCUGUCUCUCCCGCAGAGAGUUUCUCAAUGAAUGUGACAGAUUUUCGGGACAAUGCUUUGCUGAAGCUACAGGUGGCAGGGCCUUUCGCAGGAGGGAUGAUAGACCUCAACGACGAGGAGUACAUCCUGGUCCAGGUGGAGCAGGUGGAGCAGCCGGGACAACGGAGGAGGAGGACCCAGCAGGUGAUUCAUAACUGGACCAUCCCUCUACAUCCUGUCCGCAGUGACCAGAUAGUGUUAACAAAAACCUUUGAGAUGCUCAACAGUGACCCCAUCGUCAUCACGAUUCAGUCCUUCCUGCUGGAUAAUGAGGUGGUGCCAUUGUCCAUGACCCACCAGUCGCUCUACGUCAGCGUGGAGACUCAGGUGGCCAUCGCUGGAAUCAUCCUGUCUGGGGUCUAUGUUCUCAUCAUUUUCGAGAUUGUGCAUCGCACUCUGGCUGCCAUGCUGGGAUCUUUAGCAGCAUUAGCUGCUUUGGCUAUCAUUGGUGAUCGACCCAGUCUGGUUACUGUGGUGGAGUGGAUCGACUAUGAGACGCUGGCUCUUCUGUUUGGCAUGAUGGUGCUGGUGGCGAUUUUUUCAGAAACAGGCUUCUUUGAUUACUGUGCUGUGAAGGCUUACCAAUUAUCCAGAGGAAGAGUGUGGCCUAUGAUCAUCAUCCUCUGUCUCAUCGCUGCCAUUUUAUCAGCUUUCCUGGAUAAUGUCACCACUAUGAUGCUCUUCACCCCUGUCACCAUAAGGUUGUGUGAGGUGCUUAAUCUAGACCCCAGACAUGUCCUGAUUGCAGAAGUAAUCUUCACCAACAUUGGAGGGGCCGCCACAGCUGUCGGAGAUCCACCCAAUGUGAUUAUAGUAUCAAAUCAGGACCUGCGCAAAGAAGGGAUUGAUUUUGCCAAUUUCACAGGCUACAUGUUCCUCGGAAUAUGCCUCGUCCUUUUCACCUCAUUCCCAAUCCUGAGGAUGCUUUACUGGAACAAGAAACUUUACAACAAAGAGUCCAUCGAAAUAGUCGAGCUCAAGCACGAGAUCCUGGUUUGGAGGCAAACAGCUCAGCGCAUCAACCCUGCCAGCCGAGAGGAGACAGCUGUGAAAUGCCUUUUGAUGCAAAAAGUUCUCAACCUGGAAAGUCUGCUUCGCAAGAUGAUGAAAACCUUUCAAAGAGAAAUUUCUCAAGAGGAUAAGAACUGGGAGCAAAACAUUCAAGAGCUGCAGAAGAAGCACAGAAUAACUGACAAGGUUCUCUUGGUGAAGUGUGUGUCCGUCCUUGGCGUCGUGAUCUUCAUGUUUUUUCUCAACUCUUUCGUUCCCAGCAUUCAUCUUGAACUCGGUUGGAUUGCUAUUCUGGGUGCACUCUGGCUCCUGGUUCUGGCUGACAUUCAGGAUUUCGAGAUCAUCUUGCACCGAGUGGAGUGGGCCACGCUGCUGUUUUUCGCUGGACUCUUUGUUUUGAUGGAGGCAUUAGCGCAGCUGCAGCUCAUCGACUAUAUUGGGGAACAGACAGCGCUGCUGAUAAAAGCGGUGCCAGAGGACCAGCGCUUGGCUAUAGCCAUUAUCUUGGUGAUGUGGGUCUCGGCUCUGGCUUCUUCGCUCAUUGAUAACAUUCCCUUCACGGCCACCAUGAUUCCUGUUCUCAUAAACCUGAGUCAGGAUGCUGAUGUAAACCUACCAGUAAAACCUCUCAUCUAUGCUCUGGCUAUGGGAGCCUGCCUCGGUGGGAACGGCACAUUAAUAGGAGCGUCCGCCAAUGUUGUGUGUGCAGGAAUUGCUGAGCAACACGGAUACGGCUUUUCUUUUGUGGAGUUUUUCAAGCUGGGAUUCCCCAUGAUGAUAAUGACAUGUAUGAUCGCCAUGUGCUACCUGCUGGCCACCCACAUUGGACUGGGAUGGAACAUGUAAUCCACACCUGCUGUACAAAACCAAAGAGACUGUGUGGGUGCACGCCACCACUCCUUCAAGAGUUUCAACUCACUGUUGACUUGUUGUGUAACCUGACUGGCUGAUCAGAUUACAGACGCCACAUGAAGCAUCGAAGCCAUAUUUUCAAAGCAUGGCAAAGUGUCUUUGAAUACAGUUUCAGACCAUCAGGAACCCGAUAUAUGGGAGCUUUGACCAAAACUUCGAAUUUAGGAAAUGUGCCUUACGUGAAAAAAGGCUCCUCUCCAUAAAAGUGUACUUGGUGCUAUAGCCUCGGUGGGCGUAAUAAGUGGUGCAGGUGAUUCCAGCUAUGUAUUUGACGUCACAUUUUUCACUCUUUUGAAAAUCCAUGUGGCCUGUUUACAAAAAGGCACAUAUAUUACACUGAUUUGCUCUUAGAGGCACGUAGAAGAAUGAUGAUUAUUUAUUUUAGACAAACAUUUCAUCCAUGGUUUAACAAACAGUUGAUUUUUUUUUUUUUAAGAACCACAAAACCCAGAGAAAGGGAUUUUAUAAUGGUUUAUGUCUAAAUAUGGAUUUUUGAGCCCUACACUAAAGAUAAAGCAGCAUAAAUUAAACUGGAAAAGAACGGAUGAUCAAAGAAAACAGCUGCAGGCUGUUACCUAAGUACUGUAUACUAACGCAUUGUGUACACAGCAAUCUGUUGUAAAACCACUGAUUUAGUUCAGUUAAUCGUAUUUAAUGUGGUAGUAGAUGUCAUGUAAACGCCCUCCCAUGGAUCAGACACAGUCUUCUUGCUGUGUCCAGUAAACCUGUAUUUAUUGUACAGUCAAACAAACUGAACCUCGUCCGUGUUCAGUAAACGACAGACAUCAAACAUGAAUAAUAAAGUUUAUUGUAUUUCCAGGUUUUACUUGUCUCAAUUACUUUGUUAUCACGGAGUCAUCAGCGUGUAUACUGUCUGGUAUGUAUAUGUGUGUUUUUUUUUAUCAUUGAGAGCAUGCAGCGGAAAUGUACUUGUAUUAUGUCCCAUGUAAGAGUAGAAAAUUGUCGAGCAGAUGUGGAUUCCUUUCCUCUUCCAUUUGGGUUGUGGACAUUUGUAUUUUCCAUUAAUGUGUUUUUGUAAUUUGCAAAGCAUUUUGGGCGUGUGGAAUGGACAUUUAGUUCAACCUCUCUUGAUUUGCAAUGAGCUCCCGUGGCCACAGCAUUUACAGGUACAUGGAAUGAAUUUGAUGCUGUGAAGCGAUUCAGACCAAACGUAGCUGUCCCAGUUUUACGGACGCAGUGGAAAGUGAAGUCCAAGUGAGAGCUACAUGGGCCCAACAAAGCUUCUCUGAUUUUUAAGAGUCCAGUAAUUUCCUUCACAGAUAAAAUAGAGCCAGGCUCAAUUAGUCUGCAAAUCUUGUUUUGCCCCAGUAACAGUUUCACACUCUGUUAAUUUUAUUCAUUCAAAGUUAUUUUACCACCUAAAAUUUUCCCCAAGCCCAGAGUCUGAAACCCCCAGAAUAAACAACAUUAUAACUUA